AUGGUUAGAGCUUAUUUAGCAUUGCUUCAAUUUCUCUGUGUUCUUAUAACUCAAUUACAUGUAGCCACCAGCCAGCCAGAACUACAAAAAUAUUAUUGCUACAACAGCAGCAGAACAGCAAAUAGCACCUACCAGACCAACCGCAAUACCCUUUUAUCAAAUCUCACUUCCAACAAACAAAUAGAUUAUGGCUUUUACAAUCUAUCUUAUGGUAAUUACCCAAACACAGUCUAUGCAGUUGGGUUAUGCAGGGGAGAUGUUAUGCCAGACUUUUGCCGUAGCUGCCUCAAAAUUUCAUCAUUCCUGCUGCCACAGCUUUGUCCAGAUCAGAAGCAAGCUUUUGGGAUGUACUGCUUUAAAUUUCCAAGAAAGACUUGCAAAGAAUUGGAUAGUAUUGUUGCUCGCUUUUCGUGGAAUGGAGGGAAGGAAGGAAAGAAGAUUCACUGGAAAAGCUGGGGCAGUUUAACAAAAUCAAAGUCUGAAGGAGGGAUGGGGUUUAGAGACUUUGAAAUAAUGAAUGAUGCUCUUCCAGCUAAGACUGCCUAG